AUGGGUUUUGUAGAUGCGAUCAACUCAACAAAGCAAGGCAUUGAAGCGCUACAACCUAUGGUGGAGUAUUCUUUGGGAAAUUUUUAUAUAGCGCAAAUGAACAUUGGCACACCACCAUACUCUGCAUUAUUGCUAUUGGAAACUGGUACCGAUAAUACAUGGGUUCAAGCUGCUAAGUGCGCCAUAUGUUUCCCCUUAAAAUAUGAAGGUUUCGAUUACCGUAAGUCUCAAACAUACUAUGCUGCAGCUUGUAAACAUCCCCUUUGUGUUCCCAAAAUAUGUAAAAAUAACAUGUGCCUUUAUGAGUCCGUCUAUAUUAAUGGAUUUAGUUCCACUAAGGGUAUUCUUUCGAUUGACACAUUCACAUUCCCUUCCAAUGAGGAAUCUGUAAGCUUGCCAGAUUUAGUUUUUGGUAUGGGCUAUGAAAAUCAAAAUAUUAAAUUUAGUCGAAAAAUGGGAGGAAGUGGAGCAACCUUUCUUGUUCCGAAAGCAUAUAACGUUAUCAAAGAAGAGAUGAUUAAAUACUUCUUGGCAUAUAACUGGCAUCCCACGGAGAUAUCAGACCUAGUACCAUAUGACCUUUGUUAUAAUGUCAUACCAAGUAGAGAUAAAAAAUUACGAACAUUAAAAAUUCGUUUUAUUGGAGCAGACCUUGAUCUAGAUUCUAAACGAAUCUUCGAAGUAAUUGACAAUAUGUUGUGCAUGAUUAUCAUGCCUAUUAAUGAACGAGGACUAAGUCUACUAGGGGCAUUUCAACAAGUAGAUUAUCAAUUCUUGUUUGAUGUUAAAGCAUCUUUAUUGUCUUUUGUCCCUGAGAAAUGUCAAUUUAAUUAG